GUAAACUUUCUGUCACGCAUGCGUAGUAGCAACUACGUGCUCUCCAGCACGUUCUGUUUCUGUAGAUAGCUGAAGCUAACGGGCUAGUCUGCUGCUGUAACGACCCGAUCAAGCACUGAGUCGGUCUCCAUUCAGACCCAGUCCAGAUUCGGUUCCGCUCGUUUGCACGGUGCCGGUUCCGAUCCGAAACCUGCGCUGACAGCAGAGGCUGCAGUGAGUGCCGUUAGCCUCGGCAGCUAGCGUUAGCUGCACUGCAGCAACAGGGAAUCAAAACAAAGCUAACAGCAGGUGAAGCUAACGCUGCCCAUCAGCCUGCGAGCAGGACAACAUGGCGACGGAGGAGAAGAAACCGGAGACAGAAAACAUCAAGCUACCCUCGUCCUCCUCGGGAUCCGGCAGUAAGUCCAGCCCAGCCAAACCAAACUACACAGUGAAGUUCACGCUGGCCGGACACACAAAGGCCGUCUCAUCUGUCAAGUUCAGCCCCAACGGAGAGUGGCUCGCCAGCUCCUCUGCAGAUAAGCUGAUAAAGAUUUGGGGAGCCUACGAUGGAAAGUUUGAGAAAUCCAUCGUUGGACACAAACUGGGGAUCUCUGAUGUCUCCUGGUCUUCAGACUCCAACCUGCUGGUGUCUGCAUCUGACGACAAAACUCUCAAGAUCUGGGACAACAACUCUGGGAAGUGCCUGAAGACACUGAAGGGUCACAGUAACUACGUCUUCUGCUGUAACUUCAACCCUCAGUCCAACCUGGUGGUGUCUGGAUCGUUUGAUGAGAGCGUUCGUAUCUGGGAUGUGAAGACGGGAAAGUGUCUGAAGACUCUGCCAGCUCACUCUGACCCCGUCUCUGCUGUUCACUUCAACAGAGACGGCUCGCUCAUCGUCUCCAGCAGCUACGAUGGCCUCUGCCGUAUCUGGGACACGGCCUCAGGACAGUGUCUGAAGACUCUGAUUGAUGACGACAAUCCCCCGGUGUCUUUUGUCAAGUUCUCCCCCAACGGGAAGUACAUCCUGGCUGCGACGCUGGACAACACAUUGAAGCUCUGGGACUACAGCAAAGGAAAGUGUCUGAAGACAUACACUGGCCAUAAGAAUGAGAAGUACUGCAUCUUCGCCAACUUCUCUGUCACCGGAGGGAAGUGGAUUGUCUCGGGCUCCGAGGACAGCAUGGUUUACGUCUGGAACCUUCAGACCAAAGAGAUCGUUCAGAAGCUACAGGGACACACAGACGUGGUGAUCUCGACCGCCUGUCAUCCGACAGAAAACAUCAUCGCAUCAGCUGCUCUGGAAAACGAUAAAACCAUCAAACUGUGGAAGAGCGACUGUUAGACUGAAGGAGACCUGAACUGUGACCCGGAUUAGUACUGCAGACCCGCAUCGUUCUGAUCUGGUCUGAUGUGAACACGGGCCCUGAAUGCGCCUUGUCUCAUUGGGUCCUGGUUUCACACCAAAAACACUUUCUGUUCACACUGUAAAAAACUGAGGACUGGAACCCAUGAAGCGGACUGUGUCUCUUUCAGAAGAGCAGAAUCUUUAAAGGACAAGUUCAUUGUUUUCUAACCCAAAUCUGAUGUAAGAUUUACUUGUCUUGGUGGUUCACAGGACAAAUCGCUUCUCUUCUCUGUUAGACUUGUAUGGUUUCUCUUUUUCAGUUCACAUGUGUGUAUGUAAUCAUCCAGAUACACACACACACACACACACAGGAAGAGGGGGGCGCCAACAGUAAAAAUGUCUUGAAGCUUGAAGAAACGUCAUCAACAUUGGGUUUGAAUGAAAUCAGCUGGACUCGUUCCUUUCCUGGCUGGUCCUGGGUGAAAAAUAGUGAAAAUGUUUCAGUGGUUUGUAAAUAAAGAUUUUUGACUAAGA